AUGGCGAUCACGAUGAGCAUGGAACUCCUCCUCAGUGUUAUUGCUGUAUCAGUUGUUCACGCAGAUGCCUAUGGUUGUGAAGGACGCAUAUCUGAUGAUCCCGGGGACUGCCCUUGUGAAAAGAGAAAUGGGUCACUAGCUCUAGAAGAGCUCGAAUUUCAAAAAGAAGCCAAUGCUGCUUUCAAGAAAAAAUGCUACCCAAAUGUUACAGUAUAUUCGUGCGCCGUUGAAGAAAAUACUUACACCGUAGAUUACUUUAACCAGUUGAUGAAAGAGUUGAAUAUUCAUGAUCCUAAAAAAAUGAGAAGCUAUCCGGAUUAUCGACCUGGCCUAGGAUUUACCGACGAGCUCCUGUUCAAGGUGAUAAAUAGAAGUGAUUUUACCAAGGAAACAAGCUCAGAAGUCGCGAAGUCGUUUAUCUUUGGAGAAUACAAAACAGAGGUAGAAGAGCUGUGCGCACUCAAAAAUCCGAAGCUUGGAUGUCGGGUUCACCUCAAAGGAACAGAUUAUGUUUUUCUUAGUUGCCUUGCCCGAUAUGAUGACUGA